GGAAUCGUGUUAAUCAUUAGAAAAGGGUUCAUAGAUGUGGUGUUGAUGCGUGGAAAAACCCUACUUUAUGUGAAACCUGUUUUAAAGACUGUAGCAUGGUGAGGUUUUAGCUUGGUAUUUUUUCAGACGAGCAUCGUGUCCAGUGUUUAAAAAAACCCACAUUUGCUCAUUAUCCUACGGUCAUUACUCAACGUAAGAGUGCUCGUUCGGUCUCGCUUUUGAAUAGUCUACAGUCUAGUUCCACCCAACGCACCGUAAGGAUGUGUCCUAAUAAACUCCGCGUAUUCAAAACCGUUGUUAUUAUUGCGAUCGUGUGUACAAUUAUCACAGCUCCUGGUGUCAUUGCUCGCAAUAACGACUUUUUCUUCCCGGAGCUGAACGAGAAAGCUGUCGGUGAUCUGUGCGAGAUCAACUACGGCCAGGGUGACUUCACCCGGUUCGGAACCUGCCAGCGGGUGAAAGAUUGUCGUACCUUUGCUCAGCGGGUUCGCUACGAGAGGCGGUUCAACGUGUUUCAGGAGUUGUGCUUCUUCGAAGUUCACGAUCCGGUGGUGUGCUGUUUAAGCGAGCGGGAUGCUGCGAUGCGGAUUAGAAACCCUACCGUUGGUCAUAAAUCGGUGCUUGACAUGGAGUGGCCCUUCGACGACGAUGAUGAUAAGGCGAAUCUAGUGUGAAUUGAGAAAGUAUAGUUGAAAUUAAACGACAGGGGAAAAUA